AACCAGCUCAACAACUUCCUCUCAGUGGUGACAGAGCAACAUAACGAGAGGCUGAACAUCGUUGUAAGGAAUCAUGGAUUACGGUGACUAUAAUUACACAUUUCCUGAUGAUAAUAACACAUUUCCUGACAUUAUUGAGUCUGUGACUCCUGAGAUUCAGCCGAUCCAGAUAGUGGCUCUGGUCAUGUACAGCCUUGUGGUCCUGCUGGGUGUGCCUGGAAAUGCUGUGGUGGUGUGGGUGACGGGGUUCUGCAUGUCCCGCUCUGUCACCUCCCUCUGGUUCCUCAACCUCGCUCUGGCUGAUCUUCUGUGCUGCCUCUCCAUCCCCUUGCUUAUGGUCCCUCUGGUCCACGACGAUCACUGGCACUUCGGUCCGCUGGCCUGUAUGCUCAUCAGAGGCCUGUUUUACCUGGUGAUGUACUGCAGCAUCCUGCAGCUGGUUGUGAUCAGCGUGGAUCGUUUGUUGCUGGUCAUUAGACCCAUCUGGUGUCAGAACCACAGGCGACCCAAACAGGGUGCUUAUGGAUGUGUUGCUGUGUGGGUCCUGGCCCUGAUAGGCAGUAUCCCACAGUUUGUGUACGCCAAGCAGAUUGUGGCAGGUGACGAGAAGAGAGAGUGUAGGAUGGAGUACACUGUAGACAGUGCCUGGCCUGUCUCUGCUUUUCGCUUCCUGAUUGGAUUCAUUAUUCCUUUCCUGGUUAUUCUAGUUUGUCACUUGGUGGUUUUCAGUAACACACAGAGGAGAAUGACACGUAGUCGGACUGGAUCCAAGAAAACCCUGAGGGUCGUCAUCUCUGUGGUGCUGAGCUUCUUCUUGUGCUGGAUACCUCUGCACAUCGUGGAUUUCCUCAUACUGACCACCCCUCGGGGUACUUAUGUGAGCCCCAAACUUCACUUGGCACACGUUAUAGCGCUCUGCCUGGCUUACUUCAACAGCUGCCUCAACCCUCUGCUCUAUGUGUGUCUGGGUCAAAGCUUCAAAGACAGCAUGAACCGCUCCCUGCGUAACAUCUUCCGCUUCAUGGGCGAGGAACCGACCACCAAGAAGAGUGUCACUAAUGUGGACACCAAGAGCACCAGUAAUGGCAAAGAAAUGACAACAAUAUAACUCUCUUGCAUAUGGAGGACUGCUGUAACAUAAACAGUUCUGUCAUGAAGUUUAGCAAAAGACUUUGGCUUGGAUUUAAGUCUGUGAACACAAAUACACAAAAGUGCAUUCAUUUUUACAAGUUAUGAAGAUUUUUUUCCAGUGAAUUUGGGUGGUAAGUCAAGUCAAAUUUCAAGAUUUCAAAAGCAGAACUGAUAGUUACACUGUAAGGUUUCUAUAAAAAUCCAUGUCUUACGCAACAAAACACAUGAAAGUUCUAUUAUUGGCUUUUACAGAAGAAUUACUUCAGAGCAUUAUGUAUAUGAUGCAUUUUCUGACUUUUUGUCAUGUUUUAGUAUAGUUUGGUAGCAGAAAUAAAAUACAUAGAGAUUUGAUUACUUUUUCGCAGUGAUUAUAGAAAAAUGCUGAUUACAUCUUCUUGUAUACAUGCUGUUUUCAUAGACCACAAGAGGGAGACACACUCUAAAUGGCUGACACUCAAUUUGCUGUAGAACUCUUUGAAAAUAAAUCAAAACUAUUAAUACCAGUUAUAACUGCUAUUAACAGUUAUGAUUUUCAGUUAUAUAUCUCUUUUAAGCCCCAGUAUGUUUCAGAGCCAUAGAUCCUGCAUAGGUGCUUAGAUUCUAUUAAUAGCUGGUGGUUGGUCCUUUGCUACAUUUUGCUAAAUCUAAAAUCAGGAAUCUUGGAGUAGUUUUUGACUUUUGUUUACACUUUGAAUGUUCAUCUCAAAUGUCUGCUUAAGAAACAAGUGAAGUCCCAUUGUGUGACGCUCUGAACUAAAUGUGUUUUUCAUGCAUUUAUUUCAUUAUGUGUGGAUUAUUAAAAUCCAUUGAUCACUUCUGAACACUCCAGGUUGUUCUGAACACUGCUGCAAGGCUUCUGACUAAAUCUUCCAGGUACUCUCAUGUCCCACUGUUGCUGACCCAGCUGCACUGGAUAAUCAUUAAAUUCAGUCUCCACUUUAAGAUUCAAAUUUUGACCACGGACAAGCACCAGCAUACAUUAGUGAACUUUUACAUACAUCCUGUAACUCUCUACCUCUUGGUCAUCACAAUGACUUGGUGGUCUCUUUCAAACAACAGCUGAUAAAAAAUUAUCUUGUGAUGUUUAUCUUGAAAGUUGAUGUAAAAAAAUGUACAUAUAUGUACUUAUAUUUCUAUCUAUAUGAUGUUGGUAUUUUGAGGCGAAGAGACUGGAAAGAGACAAGAGCUACGAUAAAUAGUAAAAUCUGGGGUUUGACCAUCAUUACAUAACUAUUAAUAUUGUUUACCAUUACAUAUAGUUUGCUAUUACAUAUCAAGGCACAAUACACACUAUUGGCUGUAUAGAUACUUUGAUACUAUACUCAACAGAGAGAGUUGGUCAUGAGCUGCAAAUCCAUCCAUCCACUCAUCCUACAGUGGAUUACCAGUUAAGGUUAAAGCAG